UGCCCUAUAAACACCAGCACACAGUGACAGUGGCACCGACACCCCGGCUCCUGCUGUCCCUGCUCAGCAUCGACCCCGGUGAGUCCCUUUUUGCCCUCGAUUUACUCCACAGCUGCAAUUUGGGGAGCAGAUUCCGCACCCUUUUGAGGCGCACAUCCAUCUGGGUGGGUUCCCCCCAUGGUCACCCUGCUGUGUCCCCACACAGGUGAUGAUGGCGUGUUCCUUGGAGCAGGCGUUGGCUGUGAUGGUCUCUACCUUCCACAAAUACUCAGGGAAGGAAGGGGACAAGUUCAAGCUGAGCAAAGCGGAGCUGAAGGAGCUGCUCACCAGGGAGCUGCCCGCUUUCGGCACCAAGCAGAUGGAUGAAGGGGAGUUACGGCGCCUGAUGAACGACCUGGACCACGACAAGGAUAGCGAGGUGGACUUCAAGGAGUACGCCUGCUUCCUGGCCUGCGUGGCCAUGGGCUACAACGAGUUCUUCCGCGACGCCCAACGGCCCCGCAAGAAGUGAAUCCCACACAGCACUGCGCAAUAAAGUCCUCCCAGAGCCUCACGUGUGACUCACGCCUCCGUCUGUCUGUCUGUCUCUCUCUCUUUGGGAUUUUCCACUCUGCAGCUCCCCAGAGGCGCUUUUGGAAAAGGUUCAGAGCUGCCCCUGGGCGUAAAGCUGAGAUCUCCGCUCCCUCCCACCCCUAAAAUGUCACUGCUGUCCUAAGGAGGGGUUUGGGGCGCAAUGAGCUCUGAACACAGAGCCCCCCCAGCUCAGCACAGGGGUGGGAACCAGGCAGGAACGAGCAAUGUUCGUGGAAGGAACUCAACCAGACCCACACACUGUGCUCUCAUGGGGGGUAGGAAACGUUGCUGGGUGCCCAGAGGGACCCUCAGCCCCUGGAGCUGAGGAUGAACCCAUACUAGGGGAUAGGAGAUGACCCCAACCCCAUUUUGCUGCAGGCAGCUCCCCGUGUGCACAGCGCAGUCAUUCCAGGUGGGUGAGCUGGGCUGCCCAGCACAGGGAGUCAGGGUUGGUUCAUAGGGAGAGCUGUAGCUGCUCCCAAAUGGCCCCAGACCCACAGAGCAAACCUUGGGUCUGACAUGGGGCAGAGCAUCCCCAGCACAGCCCUCCGUAAG